AUGCCACUCAGUAACAAUACUGUCGGCCGUAGAAUCGAUGAGAUGGGUGAUGAUAUUGAAAAGCAAGUCAUUGCAAAAUUAAAAACAAGAAAUUUUUCGAUUCAAAUGGAUGAAUCGACCCUGAGAGACAGUGAGGCUGUUCUUAUAGCACAUGUGAGAUAUAUUGACAAAGGACUAUUUGCAGAAGAAAUGUUGUUUUGCAGAAAAUUGAGACGCACGUUAAAAUCAAGAGAUAUUUUUAACGAAUUAAAAAGUUACUUAGAUGUUAAUGAAAUACCAUGGAAAAAUUUAACAUCCUAUGCUGCAGAUGGUGUCCCAAGUAUGAUGGGAAAGAACAAUGGGUGCUUAAAAUUGAUGAAAGACAAGAAUCCAGAAAUGAUUUUUGUGCACUGUGUAAUCCACAAGGAGAACCUUGUCGCUAAAAACAUUUCGCCUGCUUUGAAUGAAGUCCUCAAUGCAGUUAUUAAAUGCAUAAAUUCAAUUAAAGCCAGUUCUAAAUCCGAGCGUCUUUUUAAACUAUUCUGCGAAGAACAAAGUGAAGACCAUGUGAGACUUUUGCUUCACACUGAAGUUAGAUGGCUAUCCAGAGGAAACUGUUUAAGGAGAUUUAUGGAGCUAAUUGAUAACCUUAGCGAUUUUUUAGGCGACAAACCAGAAAUGAAAUUUUUGCUUACAACAGACAGCAAAGCAUAUGUAAGCUAUUUAGCUGAUAUCUUCGAUAAGCUCAAUAUAUUAAACAAGCAACUUCAGGGUACAAAUGAGACACUAGUUGAUGCCAAAGCAAAGAUAUUUGCUUUUAUUACAAAUUUAGAGCUGAGCAAAAAUCGUUUUAAUGUCCGAAAUUUUGAACAAUUUUACUGGCUUCAAAAAGUUGAAGUGUUUGAUACUGCUCUCCAUAUUAUUCAAAGUCAUUUAAGUAUUUUAUCGACCGAUUUCCAUGAGAGAUUUUCUGAUUUGAAACAAAUUCAAUUUCCGACAUGGAUAAUGCAGCCUGUUUUGGUAGAUUUAAGCGACGUAACAAAUCUGCAAUAA